AUGUCAUCACUCUACGGAGAUUGCAUUGGUCAUAUCUUGAAAUUUUUACCAUUGAAUGGGCUUUUACCAGUUAUUUUGAUAAAUAAAACCUGGCACUCUGGAUUGACACAAAGUGUUUGGCAUGCUCUAUUUAUGUCAUAUUUAGAAAAGGAAAUGACAAAUGUCAAAUUGACCAGUUAUUGUGUGAAAUUGUAUAGAAAAUUAUUUGGUGAUGAUCAUCAUGUUAUUGAAGAAUUAUUACUUUAUGAUAUAACUCAAGAUGAAAAGAAAGUGUCAAAUGCCAAGAAAAAAUCAAUUGACUAUCACAAAUCAUUGAAAAGUUAUGUAAUAGGAAAAUUGAUCGGAAGAGAAGGGAAAGAAUUGAAGAAAUUGAUUCGAUUCCCUCUUCAAAAAGUAUUUGGUGAAGGAGAUGGAAGAAGAAUUGAUAGAAUAGUUGCUUUUGAAAGAAAGUGGAAGAAAGUUAGCGAAUUCCUAAAUGAAAGAGUUUCCUUCCAUAAAGAUGGUUUGAAGAAACAGCAUAUAAGUAAUUCAAUCAAUGAAAUGCUUAUGAAGAGAGUGAAAUAUGAUUUGAAGCUUGUUUUCAAACAAGAUAAAAUAGCCAGUUUCGAAUUAGGAAGAAAGAUUAGUAUAGAAAUUGCAAGUGGUCAAUUGUUGCAAAGAUUUAGGGUAAUGAUAUUCGUACAGUUAUUUUAUCAAUAUUUUGAUAGCUCAUUACUAAUGUCAGAUCAAUUACAAUUAAUUACUGAAACAAAUGAGAUUCCAAUAGAAUUAUUCAAUGCAUUCACAUUCGAAACUUUCAAGAUUGUAUUGGAUUUUAUUUCAAAAUAUUGUCCUAAAAACGUUCAAUCUAUUAGAAACCAUAUUGAGAAUGACACUUCAAAAGAUGCCUCCUUGAAAUCAUUCCUCUUUGAGAAACCACAAAGAUUUCUCGGUCAUUACUUGAUAGGAAAAUUUGGAAUUUCAUUAUUUGCUGAUAUUUCAGAUGGAUUCGAAUAUUGUCUUGCUGAGUACAGGUUUGAAAUUCCUAAUUUCCUUGUCGAUUGUUUGGUUUAUAGGACUGAUAAAAUUGAUGAAACAAAGAAAUUGGACAUGGUUGAUACCUAUUCGAAAUAUCACAAUAUUCCCUAUCUGAAUGUCGAUUUCAUUGUGCAAAUCAUUAAUAGUGCAAGUGUGGCCCUACUUGGCUGUGGACAUAAAAAGUAUAUACUCAUUAGCAAUAUUGAAAUUCUCCUUUCCAAAAUUGAGGAUGAUCCUGAAAUUCCAUUAAUUUUCAGAAUUACCACUUGUCAAUUGGGGGACUGUUGGAUACCGGCUGAGUUUCACACACUUGUGCAAGUAAUAUUCAAUUUUUCUAAUAAGGUAUUUGAUGAAAAUGUUCAACCACCUUAUUGUGAUCCUCUCAUCUUUAUAUCAAGUCAAUUGAAUGCUUUUGUAAAGUUUGAUGUACAAGGAUGGGUUGAUUUAUUCUUGGAAUUCUUAAAAAAAGGAUCUAAAAAGAAGUUUGUAGACAGCUCUGGAAGAAGUUUUGAAAAUAUUGUAAUGUCAAAAUCAUUUCCUUCCAGUAUUAGAGAAAUUCUAGUUGAUUAUUUGGUUGAUUAUGAGUAG